AUGAUUUCAGGAAAAGAGUUGACUCUGAACAAUGUUCUAUAUGUGUCAGACAUUCAUAAGAACCUUGUCUCGAGGUUGCUCUUAAACAAGUAUGGUUUUCGCAUGGUGUUUGAGUUUGAUAAGGUCGUGUUGACCAAGAGCGGGGUCUAUGUUGGGAAAGGGUAUUUGUCAAGCAUGCGACGUAGGAAGCACAUCAAGGAAGAAAACAUCGCGGAAAAAAAAAGGUUACAUGAUCAAGCACUUAAGCUUGUCGAAUUCCUUUGCGAUGAAAUUGCAAACUCAAAUCAUUCAACAGCGAAGAAGAUAUUUCAGCUAGCGUUAUUCCAAGCAACAUCUCAUGGGAUUGUGGAAAUUGUUGAACAUAUUUUAAGGUCAUACCCUAAUGCGAUUUACCUCAAAAAUGAUAAUGAACAAUCCAUAUUCCAUCUAGCAAUUGAGUGUCGUCAUGAAAAAGUAUUCAACCUCAUACAUCAAGUUGGGGAGUUCAAAACUAUAUUUUUAACACAACCAGACAAACUGAAGAACAAUGCUCUACAUUUGGCUGGAAAGUUGGCGCCUCAGCAACAACUCUGUCUUAAAGCUGGUCCAGUUCUACAGAUGCAGCGGGAAUUGCAAUGGUUUAAGGGUGUAGAAAAACUUGUAGUGCCUCGAAACAAAGAAGAGAAGAACAGUGAAAAAUAUACACCUGUUGAGGUAUUUACUGAUACACACAGGGAGUUGGUAAAAGGAGGAGAGAACUGGAUGAGAGGCACAGCCACUUCAUGCUCACUUGUGGCGACUCUAAUUGCCACUGUGGUGUUUGCAGCUGCCAUUACAGUACCCGGUGGGAAUGACAGUAGCGGCCAUCCGAUUUUUUACAAAAAAUCAAUCUUCUUACUCUUCUUCAUAUGUGAUGCAUUAGCUCUUUUCUCAUCCAUUACUUCUGUGUUGUUUUUCUUGUCCAUCCUCAGCUCUCACUAUGGAGAAGAAGAUUUUCUCGAAAUUGCAUUAUACUACUAUAGUAUAUUACACUCCAUGGACAUCUUCCUUAUCAUCUCCCCUCAAGCUGAGAGGGAGAAGACUAACACGAAGCUUGGAAGUGAGGAAAGAAAAUCUGGCAGCGGAUAA